ACGAGUGCAUAAAUUGAUGAGCAAAUGAAAAAAAUGAAUUUUAUUGUGCGCCGCAGCAGAAAGUUGAAUGAAAAUUAAGUAAAUACUCGUACAUCGACAUUUUUAUUGACCAUUUUUUUGGCCACUUUGUGGUGCGCUUCAGCGAAAAAUGCAGCGCAUGUGAGUUCUACCAUUCUACCGCUUAUAGUAGUUAGUUAAAAUUAUUAAUGCUUUUAAUAUACCCGCUUCACUUUAAGUUUCCGAACUGUGGUGACAGAAAUGUGUCUGAUGUUGAAGUAGGGUAUGGAAACAUUGAUGGAUUCCCAAGUGCAUGGAACUCACUCUCCGGGGAUCCGAACUGGCAAUUCCAUAAUUUGUGCUGUUUGUUUUUCGCUUCACAAUGCUGACAAUUGGAGUGGAAGUGGAAACAAAACAAGUGUAUUUCCCACUGUUGACAGAAAUUUACAUGCUACGGCAAUCAGUGUUGGCCAUGUCGAUGGGAGUCAGGGGGGGAAACCAAACCAAAACUCAAUCCCUGGUAGGAGCAGCACCUCACAAUGGGCACUUGUUAAAAGCAGACUUUGCAGGCAACCGCUAAUCAGGGCAAUCAACACGGCACUCGAACUAAUAAGCCGCUAAAGCGACUGGUUGCCUUUUCAGUUUUGCUGGCAUUCAGUUACCAACGGAACGUUCUACCGACAGUAUGAGACUCUCCCCAACUGGCCACUUCAGUUUGCUGGCACUUUGCCUCCUGCUGCACGAGGUGCAAUCCCAGGUGAUGUCCAUGUCACCAGCUGCGAAUGGCACACGGAGCACAGAGGAGGUGACCAAAGUUCUGCGCCGGCACAAGCGUUAUCUGGCAUUUCCGGAGGGCUCUUCGGUUUCGGGUGCCAUUUGCAUGACGAUCGGCAUGAUUGGCAACCCAGAUGUCGACUAUCUCAGCUGGGCGGUCAACUGGGGCGUGGCCUACGAUCUGCCCAACCACCAGUGGGUCAUCCAGCAUGCUCAUGGACUCAAUGCCACCCUGGCCAAGGACACCAUCAAGCGGCGAUCCCGACGAGCUUUCUACGAUGAGGUGCAGUCCAUAUUUGACAACAUGGGAUUCAAUGGUCGUUCGUGUGUGGCUCGAGCUCUGUGCGAAAGUGCGCGGUUCAUGCUGCCGUCCGAGGAACGUGGCAACAUGUUGCAGGAGCUGGUCAGGACUGUCUUCAGCCUGCCCCCCUCCCCUGUGGCUGCCCACGAGCCGCAGGCGCAUCAUCAGUACGAUCGCAUCUACCGGCGCUCCAAGCGGAACUCACGGGAGUGCCAUGAAAUCUAUCCGGGAUGCCAGUUCUCACUGCUGGCUUUGGCUUUGGGCAAAUACAUGGCAGCCACUACCACGAAGUUCAGUUCAUUCAACUACAUGUGAAUGCAAAAAUGAUUUAAAAUGAUAAAAAAUAAAU